ACAUUUUCCUCAUCCCUCCAACACCCUAUCAACUCUUCGUUCCUCAACUCUCUGGUCACCACAAAUGCCGAUGAAACGAAAGGCCUCGUCAAGGACGAAAAGUUCAAAGGCGGAGACUGUACAGAUUGAAGAAGGGGUUUUGAUCAAAAGCCCUCCAAGCUCGGCUUCUUCAAACAAUUCAAAGAGAAGUCUCGAGAAAAAUGAGAGCUCGAGGAAGUCGAAAAGAUUAAAGGCUUCAGAGACGUUAGAGACUGAGGAGGCGGUUUUGAUCGAAAGCCCUCCAAGAUCGAGCCCUUCAAAGAAGUCGAAGAGAGGUGUCGAUAAAAAAGAGAAGAAAAGUGUCGGUGAAGAAGAGAGUAGGUUCAUCGGCGAACCAGUCCCCGAAGAUGAAGCUCGGCAGAGGUGGCCUCAUCGCUACGCCGGAAUUAAGAAAGAAAAAGAGAUUGCUGGAUCUAAAAGCUGUAAAGGGAAGGAUGAACUUGUUAAAGCUAAACAUCAUUUCACCCAGGCAGAGAUUGAUGGUCGUAUAAUUUUCAACUUAGAAGACGAUGCCUACGUGAAAGCUGAAGAGGGCCGAGACAAUUAUAUUUGUAGGAUUGUGGAGAUGUUUGAGGCAUUGGAUGGCUCUCUUUAUUUCACAGCUCAAUGGUUUUACAGGCCAGAGGAUACGGUCAUUGGAAACCACUCUAACCUCAUUGACGAUAAACGUGUAUUCUUGUCUGAAGUCAAAGAUGACAACCCUCUGGAUUGCCUUGUUGAGGGGCUUAAAAUUCUCAUGCUGCCCUUAAAUAUGGAUUUGGCUUCUAGGAAAUCAGCAAUUUCAAAAUUUGACUAUUACUGUGACACCAUUUACUUGCUGCCAAAUUUUUCUUUCGUGAGUUUACUGCCAGAUAAUAUAAGAGCUAGCAGUAGUGAAUCAGGUUCAACAAUCUCUAGUGAGGCUAAUGAUGCUGGAGCAAUAGGUGGAGUAAAGUUUGAAUGCGAAGAAGUUUCCCAAGUUGAAGAGAACAAAAAUUGCGAAGAAGUUUCCCAAGUUGAAGAGAACAAAAAUUCAGAGACAACACUGCUAGAUCUAUACUCAGGUUGUGGAGCAAUGUCUACAGGACUUUGCCUUGGUGCUAAUAUCGCUGGUGUCAAUUUAGUUACUAAAUGGGCAGUGGAUUUGAAUGAACAUGCCUGUCAUAGUCUGAAACUUAAUCAUCCUGAGACAGAGGUGAGAACAGAAUCAGCCGAAGACUUUCUCACUCUUUUAAAAGAGUGGGAGAAGCUUUGCAUCUCAUUUUCCUUGAUAGGGAGUAAGGAUUCACAAGAACAUGUGAAUAUUAUAAGCGGGGCGGAUGAUGAUAGUGACAACGAUGAAGAUGUUGAUGUCGAUGAUGGAGAAGAUGAUUUGGAAGUCUUUGAAGUAGAGAAGGUUUUAGCAAUCUGUUAUGGAGAUCCAAAAGAAAUUAAGAAACCUGGAUUGCAUCUCAAGAUUCGUUGGAAGGGUUAUGGUCCGGAUGAAGACUCAUGGGAGCCCGUCGAAGGUUUAUGUGAUUGUCAGCAGAAGAUAAAGGAAUUUGUGACAAAUGGAUUUAGAUCAAAGAUUUUACCUUUGCCUGGCAAUGUUGAUGUUGUAUGUGGGGGUCCCCCAUGUCAAGGGAUAAGUGGAUUUAACCGGUUUAGAAAUAAAGAUAAUCCCUUAGCUGAUCUAAAAAAUAAACAACUAGUUGUUUUUAUGGAUAUAGUCAACUUUUUAAGGCCAAGAUAUGUGUUAAUGGAAAAUGUGGUAGACAUUGUCAAGUUUGCGGGUGGAUUUCUUGGAAGAUAUGCUUUGGGCCGGCUUGUUGGGAUGAAUUAUCAGUCACGGGUGGGAAUGAUGGCAGCAGGGGCAUUCGGACUUCCACAAUUUCGAAUGCGUGUGUUCAUGUGGGGUGCUGGUCCAACAGAGAAGUUGCCUCAAUACCCGUUACCAACACACAAUCUUGUAGUGAGGGGUAAUAUUCCCGUCGAAUUUGAGUCAUGCGCAGUUGCUUAUGAAGAAGGAUGCAAAGUUCAACUUGAAAAGGAACUAUUGCUUUGGGAUGCAAUAUCUGACCUCCCUCCUGUUGAAAAUGACGAGGCACGAGAUGAAAUGUCUUAUGGGGGUGAGCCAGACACGGAAUUUCAGCGAUUCAUUAGAUUAAGCAAGGAUGGGGAAGAACUUCAAAAGCAAGCCUUGUUCGAUCAUCGUCCACUUCAAUUAAAUGAGGAUGACUAUCAACGUGUUUGUCAAAUUCCAAUGAGAAAGGGUGCAAACUUUAGGGAUUUGAGAGGUGUUAAGGUUGGUGAUAAUAACAUAGUUGAAUUGGAUUCAAAUUGCGAAAGGGUGUACCUGCCUUCAGGAAAGCCUUUAGUUCCUGAUUAUGCAUUGAGUUUUGUGGGAGGGACUUCAACAAAACCAUUUGGGCGGCUAUGGUGGGACGAGACAGUUCCAACAGUUGUUACAAGAGCUGAGCCCCACAACCAAACAAUUUUGCAUCCUCAACAAAAUAGAGUCCUUACAAUCCGUGAAAAUGCCAGACUACAAGGUUUUCCAGAUUACUAUAGACUUCUUGGCCCAAUCAAAGAAAGAUACAUUCAAGUUGGAAAUGCAGUUGCUGUUCCUGUUGCCCGAGCUUUGGGUUAUGCCUUGGCUUUGGCCUUUCAAGGUUCAUGCGGUGAAGAACCUUUGUUUAUCUUACCAAACAAAUUCCCUAGAUAGAGAAUGAUGCUUAGUUGUUGAAUUUGCGGUCUUAGUAACUUCUCUCCAAACAAGCGCAAGCUUAUUCUCAAAUGUUGCGAGGUUUAGGUACCCUCAUUUGUAAGGAGUAUCAUCACGGCCACGAGGGCAUGGCGCUUGAGGGCUGUCUUUGAUUUGUUCCUGGCCGAUCUACGAGGGAAAACAUGAAAUGCCUAUGUAAUUUAUUUUUACUUCUCUAUUUGAAUAGUGUACUAAUAUUUCCACAAGAAUUUUGAUUAUUAAUUUUCUUGAUAUUGUCAUACAA